AUGAUUGGUACUAUCUCGAAGGUUAGAGAACCGACGGCACCUCCUUGGUGUCGGAUAUGGUGGUUCUACCCGACGGUUCGAGGACAGUUCCAUAAAUCCCUUUGGAAGCAAUUGCGAUCACGUUCGGUGUUAGGAGCAGCGACGACUAUGGAUUCCCCAGACACUCCGGAUGCUAUGCACCCCCUUAGCAGCGAGGAGCUCGAGCCAGGCCUCCUCUACGCCGUCCUAUCCUACAGAGGCGAACUGGCGUCCUGGAACUGGGCAUUCUUCGUCCCAAACCCCGCACAGAAACCAAUAGGUUCGUCAGGGACCAUCUUCCACGUCGUUGACAGCGCCGACAGCAUCGGGGAGUGGAAAUUUGAGAAGGAGCAAAAGGAUGUGAUCAGCUCUCCUCAUGUAGUGGCUAUCAUCCGGCUGGCUGAUGUUGGGUUCUUGGGGAGCUACGAGGAUAUUGUCGGGCCUGACAGUCUUACACCCAUGUUCAAGACGGUCGUCAUACCGGUGCCGGGCACGACUGCGAACGCCGAGUUCAGCUCACGGGUCUGGUUCCUCGAUGCGAUUGGUAUUCUGCACGACUGUGGGGUGGUACAGUGUGAUGAUGGGUGGUUACUGGAGAGGGAGUUGAGGAGGUGUGCGUUCACGGCGAUGGACAAGUUUUUGGAGAGUAAAGGUUGGACGGCCUACAGGGCAGAACAUUAUCGGGACCAUCACACAGGCACACCAUCCGCCGGCCUGCUUCGACACAUCACACACGAGCACCAAUAUCGCAUCAACCCCCACCGGCCACCACCACAGUCACAGUCACAAACAAGGACUCCACGAGCCUCUCACUAA